AUGAAGCGUGUUCUUUCCGUUCUUCUUGCAUAUUCCGUCUUACAUCUUCAUGGCACGCCAUGGUUGCGACCCUCAAACUUCCGUCCCGAUAAUAUCUUCUUUUACGGUACUUCCACAGCGAUACCACUAAAACCAUAUAUCCACACGAGUUUAGCGGAGACGGUAGAUAACCCUGAACAUACAAAUCAGGACGGCGACGUUGAUCCGGAUGAUCUACCUUUACACCCCUACCCUGAGAUCGUCAUGUUGGCUGUCAUGCUCAUAGAGUUGUACGUCGUGCAGCCACUGCAUACUUUGGCUAGUCAAUUUGGAGUACAGGAGUGUGAUAAUCUAGAGUCGGUCGAUGAGAAUACGCGGUAUAGGAUUGCAAUCGCCGCCUUUGAUCGGUUCAAGGAUGAGUUUCCAGACAACUAUCGACAGGCAGUGGACAAAUGCCUCGAUCCCAACAUCGCGUUAGGUCCAGAUGACGAAGAGCUUAGCGAACAGGCUUUGAAACAUUUGAUAUCUGAAAGCAUUGUUCAGCCUCUUGAGGACGAACUUCAUCGAGGCUUCGGAAACACUGUCCAUAUUGACAAACUGGACGACAUUGUGCAGAAAAUGGAUCUUAAUUCAUGGGGACAGAUACAACCCACUACACCUUCCCUACCAGAGUUCACUGCGGCUUCCUCUUUUACUCACGAUGCUUUGAGAGCUCAAGGGAUCACGACGCCAUCAGAAGAGUACAUAUCCGGUAAAAAUACUUCCCAACGUGCGAAUUUUAUCCACCGAGAUUAUACAGUUGGAUGGAUUUGUGCCCUUCCGACAGAACUCGCGGCCGCCCAGGCAGUCCUGGAUGAUAUCCACCCACCGUUACCUCAAAGUGCAGCCGACCAAAAUAAUUAUACCCUUGGUCGAAUAGGUUCACACAACGUUGUCAUGGCCUGUCUUCCAGCUGGUGUGAUAGGUACAGUAUCUGCUGCCAGAGUUGCAGAUAACAUGAUGGUUACCUUCUCGUCGCUCAAAUUUGGGUUGCUGGUGGGUAUCGGUGGCGGUGUCCCUGGUGUGAAAGAUGUCCGUUUGGGAGAUGUUGUUGUGGGAGAGCCGACCGGGCCACUUGGGGGAAUCAUCCAGUACGACUUUGGCAAGACCGUACCAAAUGGCCAGUUCCACUGCACGGGAUCUCUCAAUCGACCGCCGGAUGUUCUCUUGACCGCUGUUUCUCGGCUCAUGGCGGAUCAUCUUCGAAAACGACCGAUCCUGAAAAAGUAUCUCACUGAAAUUGUGGAAAGGUAUCCUGAUAUGAGUGCGGUUUACUCGCAUCCUGGUGUAGAGCACGACAUCCUCUUUGCGAGUGACUACGAUCAUGAUACCCUCAGAGAAGGUAGUUCCUGCGAUGGAUGCGACCGUUCGAAAUUGGUCCGGCGCCAACCACGACUUUCUACUGCUCCCCGUAUCCACUAUGGACUUAUCGCAUCUGGUAACAAUGUAAUGAGAGACAGCAAGACUCGCGACAAAUUGCGGGACAAACAUGGCAUUCUCUGCUUUGAGAUGGAAGCAGCUGGCAUUGUUGACUCGUUCCGCAGUCUGGUGAUCCGAGGAAUCUGCGAUUAUUCCGAUUCGCACAAAAAUAAGGUAUGGCAGGGAUAUGCGGCUGCGGCUGCGGCUGCUUAUGCCAAAGAGCUUCUGAGCGUUAUAGUAGGGACUCAGAUUGACAAUUCGGGCGACUGGACACUAUGCUAUGGAAGUGAUUAG